AUGGCAGAUCCUAACGCGCACAUACACCACCACUUAAAUCAGCAACAAAGAGUAGCACAACAACAACUUGUAAGUGGACCAGGUGUUCCACAUCUCUUAAUAGAUCCGCAAACUCAAGUUGCUCUUGCUGCUGCUCCCACUCCAAUGCACUCUCAACAUCAAUUUCAACCUCAACAUUAUACCGUUCUUGAUAACUUCUGGCAACAGCAAAUAAAUGAAAUCAGACAUGGCGUUCACGAUUUCAAGGUUCACCAACUUCCAUUAGCUAGGAUAAAGAAAGUCAUGAAGACUGAUGAAGAAGUGAAGGCACCCAUUCUUUUUGCAAAAGGUUGCGAUAUAUUUAUAACAGAAUUAACAAUGCGAGCGUGGCAUCAUGCUGAAGAAUGCAAGCGAAGAACUUUACAAAGAUCUGAUAUCGCAAACGCAAUAAAAAAAGUUGAUAUGUUUGACUUUUUAAUAGACAUUGUACCAAGAGAAGAGAAGGUUUCUGUCAAAAACGACAAGAUGGAUUAUCAAGAUCAAAGUCAAUAUCCUUAUGGAUUGGGAAUGCCUCAGAGUGGACAUCAAUUCAAUCCUUCGCCUAGUAUGCCUGUUGACCAUAAAAUAAUAGUGGAUCCUAUGACAUUGCAUGAACAACAGGUACCAUCUUAUAGAGCUCAACCUCGUCCGCCUUACGCUUCUGUCCCGACCGAUGUGUCAGCAGGACCAUCUGUCAGACAAGUUACAACAGAACAAUCUUACCACCCUCCUUAUUAUCAUCAUCAGCCUUCAAUACAAAAUUUUCAAGAACCUCAUCACCGCCAGCAACAACAGGCACCUUCGCAGCAUCAAAUACAUCGUCAAUCUGAUCACAAUCCAGUUCAGGUGAAAUACGAAUUCGAAUCAUCGGCUGCAAGGCCUGUCGAUUGGUAUUCUCAGCAAAAUACACAGUUAACAAAUAACGGACAUACCCACGGACAGAGUGGAUAUGCUCAAGGGAGUUCUCAAGUUAGUAGUAGUCAUGGGUACGGACAACCGUUAAGUCAAUCGUCCCACGACUAUAAUCAUGAAAGUACCAGUAUGCAUUUAACGCGUCAUGAUGAAAGUUAUGUUCGAGGUGGUGGCGUACAACGAAAUUAA